CAGAUAUUUACUUUAGUACAGAAUUGCGGUAUUCGCCUAUAUCAUCAAACUCGCGUAUUGAACCCAGCGGCUCUCACGGAAAACACGGAAAAUGGGGAAGGUUCAACUAAACAGUCAAGCAGCGCUUCACGAUCAGCGAAAACGGCUCAAUCACUGCAUAGAAGAAUACACCGAUAGACAGACGCCAUGGAACAUGCAGCAGAAAGAAGACUUCUACCACUACAUGAAUGAGUUUUCCGAAGCCGUAUUUGCGAUAAUGAAAGAGAAUGUAGAAGUCGAUGGUCGCAGCUGGCACGAGGCCAGUUCGGAAAAAGACGUACUGCAACCGGUGGAUCUCCAACUAGAGGAUGAGCUGUUACAGAGACAAAUACGGGUGAAUGAGCUGCUGGUAGAGGUCACGAAGUGCCGAAAUGAAAUUCCGGUGAAAGUAGCACAGGUCCUGGAGCAGGAGAAACGGUUGAAGUACAGGAUAGAGGUCACGCCUGAAUCACAGCCGGCUAAGAAUGAAGUGGACUACGAAGAGAUGUACACACUUCUACAGGAUACUCUACCGAGGAUGUCACGCUUGUCAAAGACGUUACCUGUGAUGGUUUCCGACAUUCGACAACACACAAAGUUGUACGCAACGGAGACGUAUCCCAAAUCAGGGGAGAGCGAUGAGGGUGCUUCACAGUCGUCGGAGAGGUUACAUACCAAUAUCAGACAAAGAUCAACCCGGUCCGGGAAUAGCUUUGCAUAG